CACACGUGACAACACGACGACGAGUGCUGCCAUCAUGUCGUCGUCCUCCUUGCUCCAGUUCCAGCCAUUCACGAGCUCUCCGAAUGUGUCCUUCUUUCAGAAGCUAGCCCAGCUCAAGCUGGAUACGUAUCAGCUGAGCGAUGCUGCGCAGGAUAUCACCGGUUCCUUUGAGUUGAAUUCACACUCGAGCGUGCCACCUCGCUUCUUGGUCCACGACACGUCGUUUGGUUUUGACGCGGCAUCGCUGCCAAAUCGUUGCAAGCACGAAUGGACCGUACCUGGCGUCCUCAUCAACACAAACACGUUGGAAGACUUCAAAAACCUGGACAAAGGCAGUCUCCUUGACAACGCGAAGUCUCGCAUUCUUCAUGCGAUCGAGUCGUAUGACUCCACAUCCCUUCAAACGUUUGUCUUGUGCACGUUCGCUGAUCUCAAGACACAUACGUACUGGUAUCGGUUUGCCUUUCCCGCGGUCGUACCGUCGACUGAAGCGUACAAGCUUGUGAGCGAUUCAUGGACACCAAGUCAUGCUUACUUCGCUUCGGCGCAGCAACAAGCCCUCGUACGUCAGCUGGUCGGCCGACGGCUCGUCGAUCAGGACGGCGUCACAUCGGAAAAUUUCCCCCCAGCAUUCCUAUUUGAUCCAGUGGCCAGCACACUCCAUGACCUCAAAGACAUUCAGACGCUGGAUCCAUCGGCGCUUGUAUUUGGCAUCGUCGAUCCGUCCGCCCUUUCAACCAACCCAGGGUGGCCACUGCGGAAUUUUCUGGCUUGGAUUUCACGGCACUGCCCCAACCUGGCAACAGCAAAAGUAUUGCUGUUUCGUGACCAAGUACAUCAUUUAUCGGCCGACAACACUGACGUCUCGGCAUUCCGCUUGCGCGCAUCGUAUGUGGCGACAGUUGAGCUGGCGCCUUACGACCCAGCGACAACCAAGGUCGUGGGGUGGGAGCUGAACGUUCAAGGCAAGAUGGGCCCGCGGCACAUGCAGCUCGCAAACUUGCUUGAUCCCCUGCACUUGGCCAAGACAUCUGUGGAUCUCAACCUCAAGUUGAUGCGGUGGCGCCAGUUGCCGAACUUGGACUUGGAGAAGCUGGGGCAGACCAAGUGUCUGCUCUUGGGUGCAGGCACAUUGGGCUGUCACUUUGCUCGCAAUCUUCUAGCAUGGGGGUUUCGAUCGCUCACUUUAGUAGAUUACGGCAAAGUGAGCCAUUCGAACCCAGUGCGACAGCCUUUGUACGACUACGCCGACGUCGGUGAGUGGAAGGCGCCGACGGCUGCGAAAGCCCUCAAGCGAAUUUACCCCCUCGUGGAAAGUGAAGGACAUGUGCUGUCAAUUCCCAUGGCUGGGCACGCCUUGAGCAACCCCCAAGCGCUUCAAGAAGCGAGAGCGGCAUAUGACACACUAGAAGCCAUGAUUGCCUCCCACGAUGUCAUCUUCUUGGGCACGGACACGCGAGAAAGUCGAUGGCUGCCGACGGUGCUGGCCGCUGCACAUGAAAAGCUCGUGAUCAACGCUGCCUUGGGUACGACGAUCUCUUUUCCGCGUGGGGUGGAUGGCGAGUGCCAAGACGACGUGGCUCCAAGACUCAGUCACGAUGUGGGUUUGUAGGAUUCGACACGUACUUGGUGAUGCGCCACGGCCUCCCUGUACGAAAUCGUAUUCCUUUGUGGUGCUGUCAUGUGCUCCGUUAACAUGCCCGCAUGGACGGUAGAACCUGGUUGAUUUGGGGUGCUACUUUUGCAAUGAUAUCGUGAGCCCGACCGACUCGUUGACGGAUCGCACGUUGGAUCAAAUGUGCACGGUGACGCGUCCAGGCGGUGCCGCGAUUGCAGGUUCGCUUGUGAACUUCAUUCGCGUGUCUAGUACAUUUGGUUUUGACGCAGCGCAGGGUCGACGGCAGUGGAACUGCUCGUGUGCGUCUUGCACCAUGCCCAAGGAAAAAGCGCUCCCGUCGCAACCGAGUCGGCCGACCUUGGCGUCGCACCCCACCAAAUCCGAGGCUCCCUCAACACGUUUUCGCAGGUGUUGGUCCAGGGUCCGAUGUUUCCGCAGUGCACCGCAUGCAGUGCGUCCGUCUUGACGGCCUACCGCACGGACGGAUGGGAGAUGUUUGUGCAAGUUUGCAACUCCAAGUCGUACUUGCAAGAUUUGACUGGGUUGGCGGCGCUCGCAGCGAAAACGGAUGAGCUCUCGUUUGACAACGACAGCGACGACGAAGACAGCUUGUUAUAGUUCCACGCUCGAAUGCCCGGAUGUCGUGAUGCUUGUCGGUAGAUGACACCAUCAUCACGACGCCAGCUCGUAGCGAAUGAAUACAACCACGUGAAGCUAGUCGAAAUGUUGGCCUCUCGCGGUUGUUGCUGCUGUGCAAGAACGAGUUGGCUCAGACACAAACAAAAUCGUGCGUGCCCUACGAUUCUCGAGACAAUAGGCAACGUAAGGCUCGAGCCUGUUGUACAACCGUGGAGGCCAGAGUAACAAGCAUGGCGUACUGCAUGCAGCCACAAGUUCAACGUCGUACGUGAACCGGUGAGCACAGCGGCAUUGGUCCGAGGCAGCCCAAGCGGUCAAGUGUUUUUGCAUUUCUCUUCGGCAGUUCGACAUGAAAUGUUCGAUUCGACGGGCAGGUCACGGUGGUCUGCCGUGUUUGUAGCAACGUAUCUUUCACUGUUGUUCGAAAUGCUGUCGACGAGCACUCGACGUCCGAAUGCUGAGAGAGUGUCCUGGGAAGCGCUGCUCGAUCGCUCUGCCAGCAACCAGCGUUAAGUGUGCUGCAUGCCGUAUGGCCACCGUGGCCAUCGUUGCUGGGCACCUGCC